AUGGCUAGUGGCUCAUCAUCUACAACAAGUAAGCCAGAUAAAUCCUCAUCAUCAGCAGCAGAGAGUAAAAGUGCUGCACUUCCUCAACCCGUUCGUCGGGUUAUACAAAAUUUUCUCUUAAUCUGGCUGGACGCAAAUAUUGAUGAAACAAAGGAAGAUUUUAAAAAUUCAUUAAAACAUUUACGACAUAUUGUAGUAUCCAUUACAACUUUUAAGGAUGGUAAAGAAUGUUGCAAAUUUUUGGAUGAUAUUAAAAAAGAAAAGGUCUUUAUGAUUGUAUCCAGUGCAUUAGGACGACAAGUAGCACCAGAACUACAAACAAUGCCACAGAUAGAACUAAUAUAUGUUUUCUGUGGAAAUAAAUCGUAUCAUGAAGAAUGGGCAAAAUCUAUACCAAAAGUCAAAGGUGUUUACACCGAUAUUAAACCUAUAUGUGAAGCACUUGAAAUCGAUCGACAACGAUGUGAUCGAAACAUGAUUUCAAUUAGUUUUAAUAAUCUCGAUCCUCUUUUUAUGUAUACACAAUUAUUAAAAGAAGCACUCCUAGAGAUCGAAGACGAUGAUAAAACAUCUAUUAAAGACUUGGCUGAGUAUUGCCGCGAACAAGAUGAUAUUCCUGAAGAUCAAAUCAAACAAAUUGAACGUGAAUAUCAUAAACAUACACCAAUAUGGUGGUAUACAGCCGAAACAUUUAUAUAUUCUACACUUAAUCGUGGACUUCGCGUUAUGGAUGUCGAUAUCAUUAUGAAACUGGAAUUAAAUCGUGAACAAGAACACGGCACACAAAAACACUUUCAAGUCUUUCGAGGACAAGGCUUGUCCUUGGAAGAUUUUGCAAAAAUGAAAAAAACCAAAGGAGGACUUAUGUCCUUUAAUAAUUUUCUAUCAACAAGUCGCAAUCGACAGAUAUCUUUGGAAAAUUUCGCAUGGCCUGCUACAAAAAAUCCCGAUUUAGUUGGUAUUCUCUUUGUUAUGAAUAUUGACACAGAUAUUUGCACAAAAUCACAAACACCAUUCGCUGAAGUAAGUCAAGUUAGUUACUACAAAGAUCAAGAAGAAGAAAUACUUUUUACAACACAUACAAUUUUUCGAAUUGACCGGAUCGAACGAAUUGACGAUAAACAUAAUGAUCGCCUGUGGCAAGUUAAUCUUACUCUUGCGGGUAAUCAAGAUGAUGAUUUUAACAAACUCACACUUUCCAUACGUGAAGAGGUCCACUUGAGAGCAAGAAGAUCAGGAUGGUCACAACUAGCUUUCAUAUUUCUUAAACUAGGUGAGCCUGCAAAAGCGGAAAUACUUUACAAUCUACUACGUCCGAAUGCAACUUCCGAUACGGAUCGAGCGGAUUACAAUCACAAACUUGGUUGGGCUGUAACGAAGUCUCGGGAUGUAACUGAAUUUGAUUUUUCCAUUGAUCCAUCACCUUAUAUUUGUGAACAAUGGUGGCGUGUUGCUGUUAUUCCAUCGGCAGAGGCAAGAAGAGGUGGUGAAACCGUUACAUUCAGAGAUGCUCUUGAACAAUAUACACUUUCUAACAAGAAAAUCAAAGAAAUAGUAUUGAAAAAGCUAUGUCAUGGCUGGAAUUUAGAAGAGUUGAAGAAAAAACUUAUUGCAUUAGUUCGUUCAACUGGCUAUGAAAAUAGUAUUAAUGUCACUUAUAAUAGAAUCAAUUAUAAGAUUGCUGCUCGUUCAUCUUCAACAUUGAGCCAUUUUGCUAAUUCGACUCUACUUUUCUUAUCGAUUACACUUUUAUUAGGUGUAGUCGUCAUACUCAUACCUACUCUUGUCAUUGUCACAAAACGUUCUAAACAUAAUCAUGAAGACGGGAUAUCUUCAGUAACAACACGAAAUGCCGAUGAUUAUCAGUCAAAUAGUGACUAUUAUCAAUCAUUAACGGAUGUUCAUGACUUUUCUCAAACAGAUAAUCUUCGUUUGGAUCGUCUUUCAUCUCCUCGAUUUCAUCCAAUCAAUGGAAAAAGUAUUAUCUAUUUAAGAAGACAAUAUCAUAUGCCUGAUUUACGUGGAUCAACAACAACUUUACAUUGGCUUGAUUUAGAAACAAACAAAAAUAUUCAAUUAACACAACCUAUUUGGGGAAAACAUGAUAGCCAAUUCUAUUGGAUAAAUUCUAACGCUAUUCUUUUUUUAUCUAAUCGAGCUUCAUCAGGUCUUAAUCAAAUAUUUCAACUUACACUUCCUGAUAACUUACUAGAAACAACUAAUACAUUCAUUGAACCAAUUCAAAUAACAAAUUAUUCAUUGAGUAUUGGUAAUCUUUUAGUAAAUAGACAAGCAACACGUCUUGCAUUUAGUUGUCAAGUUUAUGCAAAUUUAUCAAUUGAAGAAACAUUUGCUCGACAAAUAGCAGAAAAGAAUAGUGGUCGUACAUUUUAUCAAUUUGAUAAAUUAUUUAUUCGACAUUGGGAUGAAUAUAUGACAGGUCUACGUCAUCAUCCAUUUCUUGUUUCAAUCGAAAGACAAUCAAAUGGAAUAUUUAAAUUUUCAUCUGAACCCGUGGAUGUACUUUUUAAUAUAGAUAGUGAUUCACCAACAAAACCUUUUGGUGAUGGUAAAACACAAUGGUCAUUUAGUGCAAAUGGAAAUUCAUUUGCAUAUACUCGUCAAUAUGAUGAAACAAGUGCUGUUGCUUGGACAACUAAUCUUGAUAUUUAUACAAUAGAUUUGAGUAUACCUGGACAAGCGAGUGUAUGUAUUACAUGUGAGAACUUGGCAACUGAUACUGAUCCAUCUUAUUCACCAACAGAUAAUAAUAUUUUGAUUUAUCGAUCACAAUCAAAACCAGGAUAUGAAUCUGACCAAUAUAAAAUAAAGCUCUACAAUGGAUCGAAUACAAAGCAAACACUCCUUGAUAAUUGGGAUCGAAGCAUUCAAGUUGUGACAUGGUCUCCGGAUGGUCAAUCACUUUUUCUUGAACUUCCUGAAGAAGCACGAAAUGUCAUUUAUCAUUUAUCUAACAAUCAACCCCUUAUACGUCUAAUCAGUAAAGGUACAUCGCGUGACAUCAAUGUUCAUCCAAUGAAUAAUCAAGAGUUUAUUUUUACUCAUCAAAGUUUUGUUGAACCAAUCAAUAUUUAUUUCUAUUCAUCGGAUGGAUCAAUGCGAUCUCUUACUGAUCAUAACAAAGCUCUAUUAGCUAAAGUGAGACUGAGUCCAGCAGUUGAAGCAUUUUCAUUUGCAGGUGCUCGAGGUGAUCAAGUUUGGGGAUGGCAUAUGCCACCAUCAAAUGGAACUGGAAAACGAGCUCCCCUCGCAUUUCUUAUCCACGGAGGCCCACAAAGUAGUUGGGAUGAAGCAUGGGGUUUUGGAUGGAAUUUUCAAACAUAUGCUUCACAAGGUUAUGCUGUUAUUGGUAUCAAUUUUCAUGGUUCUGAUUCAUAUGGACAGAAUUUUACAGAUAGUAUUAUAAGUGAAUAUGGUUCAUUACCUUACGAAGAUCUUCAAUUAGGCCUUACUUAUGCACUGAACAAAUAUCCUUAUAUUGAUUCAGAUCGAGCCGUAGCAUUAGGUGCUAGUUACGGUGGAUAUAUGAUCUAUUGGAUAGCUGGACAACCAGAAAUGAGUCGUCGUUUCAAAACUCUCAUUCCCCAUAAUGGAAUAUUUGAUACAAGAUUUAUGGGCUAUUCGACCGAAGAAUUAUUUUUUACUGAACAUGAUGCAGGUGGUUAUACUCCAUGGGAAAAUCCUGAUGCUUAUGAACGUUAUAAUCCAUUGAAUCAUGUUGCAAAUUGGACUCAGCCAAUGCUAAUUAUUCUUGGUGCUCAUGAUUAUCGUGUACCAGAUACACAAGGAAUAGGUGCUUUUAAUGCUUUACAACGUCGUGGUAUCGAAAGUCGAUUAGUUUAUUUUCCAACGGAAAAUCAUUGGAUACUUAAUCCACUUCAUUCACUUGCUUGGUACGAAGAAGUAGAAAGCUGGAUGCGCAAAUGGAUAAAUUAG